AUGGCUUCGCCCCCACUUGUCCUGCUGCUGCUGCUGCUGGCACCAGGGGCUGCGGCCACGCAAGGGAGGGAUGGGCAUCCUGGCGAAGGCAGAGCCCAGCAUGGGCAGGGUGCAGACUGGGGCAAGGCUCUGCCGGCUUCCCAGGCCAGCCCGGGGCUGACGAAGGAGAGGCUGCGCCGGGGCACGGAGGAGGACUCGAAGUCGGUGCAGCAGUACGUGCCAGGGGUGCGGGUCGAGUUCCCACGGCCCCUCAAUUCUGCCAGCCUGCAUCCCACCAGGGCCCUGCUGCCAUCCAGCACAGAUCCUUCUGAGCAGCAGCAGGGGGUGCCCACGGAUGGGGAGGGGGCAAAGCUGCAGCCCAACCUGACGACAGUGCCUGGCAGGCGGCUGCAGAUCCAGAAUCCUCUGUACCCGGUGACAGAGAGCUCCUACAGCGCCUACGCCGUCAUGGGCCUGUCCCUCAUCGUCUUUGCUGUGGGCAUCAUCGCCAACCUCUCUGUCAUGUGCAUCGUGUGGCACAACUACUACUUGAAGAGUGCCUGGAACUCCAUCCUGGCCAGCCUGGCUUUCUGGGACUUCCUCAUCCUCUUCUUCUGCCUGCCUGUGGUCAUCUUCAACGAGAUCACCAAGAAGAGGCUGCUGGGGGACAUGUCCUGCCGCAUCGUGCCCUUCGUGGAGGUGUCAUCGCUGGGAGUCACCACCUUCAGCCUCUGUGCCCUGGGCAUCGACAGGUUCCACGCAGCCACCAGCCCCGCGGCCAGCGCCCGGCCCAUCGAGCGGUGCCAGUCCAUCAUUGCCAAGCUGGCUGUCAUCUGGGUGGGCUCCAUGACGCUGUCGGUGCCUGAGAUCCUGCUCUGGCAGCUGGCACAGGACCCGAUGCCCGUGUCCGGCAUGGUGGCAGAGUACUGCACCAUGAAGCCUUGGGCCGAGCUGCCCGAGUCCAUCUACUCGCUGGUGCUGACCUACCAGAACGCUCGCAUGUGGUGGUACUUCGGCUGCUACUUCUGCCUGCCCAUCCUCUUCACCCUCAGCUGCCAGCUGGUGACCAGGCGGAUCCGCAGCUCCGAGAAGACCGAACGCCGAGGCACCAAGCAGGGCCCGAGUGAAAGCCACCUGAACUGCACCAUCAUUGGCCUGGCCACCAUCUACGGGCUCUGCACCACCCCCGAGAACGUCUGCAACAUCGUGGUGGCCUACAUGUCCCCCGACAUGUCCAAGCAGACCUUGGACCUGCUCAGCCUCAUCAACCAAUUCUUCCUCUUCUUCAAGUGCUCGGUGACGCCUGUCCUGCUCCUGUGCCUCUGCAGACCCCUGGGCCAGGCCUUCAUGGACUGCUGCUGCUGCUGCUGCGAGGGCUGCGGCCCCGACACGGCCUCCAGCGAGGGCAGCGCUGACAGCAAGCUCAAAACUGAGAUGUCCUCCUCCAUCUUCUUUGACAAGCCCCGGGAGUCCCCUCCCCCGCUCCUGGCCCUCGGCACACCCUGCUAA